CCCGCCAUGGUUAGCAUGGUUAGUGAUGAGGCGUGUGGUUUCAUGUCUGUUGGCGCUGGUGAGGAGAUGAGGUUUCUUCUUCUUCUUUAGUUGCGACGACCGCCAUUCAAAACCCCGCUAGUGUCACGUUUUUCUUACACGGAGACAUUUUCAGCUUGGAUCUUGAAGCGUUGCUAUGUUUUAACGAGGUGCAGGCUCGUUUGAUCUCUGUCCAGACAGCUUUUCUCGCCUGUAUACCUGUGUUUGUUACAGUAGGAAAAAUGGUUCCGAACGGGUUUUUAAAUUUCGAAGAUGAGCAGUUUAUAGAGUCGUCUGUAGCCAAACUGAAUGCCUUACGGAAAAGUGGACAGUUUUGCGAUGUCAAGCUUCAGGUUUGCGGCCACGAGAUGCAGGCACACAAGGCAGUCCUCGCCUGCUGUAGUCCUUUCUUGUUUGAAAUUUUCAACAACGACAAUGAAGCUCAUGGCAUUUCUCAUGUCAAAUUUGAUGAUCUGAACCCUGAGGCUGUUGAAGUCUUACUAAAUUAUGCAUACACGUCUCAGCUUAAAGCUGAGACAGAAUUGGUAAAAGAUGUCUAUUCUGCAGCAAAGAAACUUAAAAUAGAUCGAGUAAGACAGGUGUGUGGAGAUUAUUUACUUUCUAAAAUGGAUGUUCAAGGCUGCAUCUCGUAUCGGAACUUUGUGAACACAAUGGGGGACUGGCGUCUGUUAAGUAAAAUCGAUGCCUACAUUCAAGAGAAUCUCUUGAUAAUUUCCGAGCAGGAGGAUUUUCUUAAACUUUCGAGACUUAAGCUGGAGAUAAUGCUUGAAGAGAAUGUCUCCCUCCCCAGCAACGGUAAAUUGUACACAAAGGUAAUCAACUGGGUGCAGCGCAGCCUGUGGGAAAACGGAGAAAGCUUGGAGUCCCUGAUGGAUGAGGUACAGACCUUGUACUAUUCAGCUGAGCACAAGCUGCUUGACGGAACGCUUCUAGAUGGAACCACAGAGAUAUUUGGUGUUGAUGAAGACCAUAUUCAACUGGUUCAGAAGAAAUCCCCUCGUGAAAAUGAUCACAGGCAUGCAAGCAGCAGCUCUUCCGGACCCUUAUCUCCUCCAGGAGCUGCUGCCAUCAACCCCAAACAUGAAUGGAAAAUCAUUGCAUCAGAGAAGAAAAGUAAUAAAACAUACCUUUGCCUGGCAGUCCUCAAUAGUACGCUGUGUGUCAUCUUCUUGCAUGUACGCAAUACGCCAUUGAACUCUCCUCUAAAUACACCAUGCUUGAAAAAAAGUUUGAGUAUAGAAAUACAGCCGGAUGAGUCAAAUGAAAAAAUCAUUUCUCCAAUGCAUUAUGCCCGUUCUGGACUGGGGACAGCAGAAUUAAGUGGAAAACUGAUAGCAGCAGGAGGUUAUAACCGGGAAGAGUGCUUGCGUACAGUUGAGUGCUAUGAUCCAGAAUAUGACUCCUGGACCUUCUUGUCACCCAUGAAAACUCCAAGAGCACGAUUCCAGAUGGCUGUGCUGAUGGGUCAGUUGUAUGUGGUUGGAGGAUCAAAUGGUCAUUCGGAUGACCUCAGCUGUGGAGAAAAAUAUGACAUUAAAUCAAACACUUGGACACCAGUUCCUGAACUCAGAAGCAAUCGAUGUAAUGCAGGGGUUUGUGCCCUCAAUGGAAAAUUGUACAUUAUUGCUGGUUCUGAUCCAUAUGGUCAGAAAGGCCUUAAAAACAGUGAUGUGUUUGACCCUGUAUCAAAGGAAUGGACAAGUUGCGCACCACUUAAUAUCCGAAGGCAUCAGUCAGCAGUUUGUGAACUUGGUAACUACAUGUAUAUAAUUGGUGGUGCAGAAUCCUGGAAUUGCCUUAAUUCUGUGGAGCGUUAUAAUCCUGAAAACGACACCUGGACACUGGUGGCACCUAUGAAUGUUGCCCGCCGUGGAGCGGGUGUCUCUGUAUAUGAUGGAAAAAUAUUUGUAGUAGGAGGAUUUGAUGGAUCUCAUGCUCUGAGCUGCGUUGAAUCGUAUGACCCUGCCAAAAAUGAGUGGAAAAUGAUGGGCAGCAUGACCUCUUCGAGAAGCAAUGCUGGUGUGGUAGCCGUUGGCAACAGGAUAUUUGCUAUUGGUGGGUUUGACGGAAAUGAGUUCUUGAACACAAUUGAAACUUACAACCCAGAGACCAACGAAUGGAGCCCAUAUACCAAAACAAGCAGUUCAUAGCUAAUGCAUUUUCCUUUUUUUUCUUCUUCUUCUUCUUUACACUGAUUCUUAGCUUGUGUUAUCAGCCUAUGCUGAAAGUCUCUUGUUUGCUACACCAGCAAGUCAAACCUUUUUGCGUAUUGUAUAUUUUUGAGAUGUUGUAAAUAUUUUUCUCAUGUUUUGGCAAAAUAUUUUUUGUGGUAACUUUGUAAUUUAAAUUGAGAAAUUGUACUAAAUAUUUCUCAAUUCCCACUCGGUAACAAAGAUGUAAUUUUUUUUCUUUUUCCAGAUCGUUCGUUCGUUAAAUUGUAGAGUUCUAAAUGUUAAGUAAUAAAAGUAUUUGAACUUUUUAACUGUAUGGAGGUGAAAUUUGUGAUAUUUUUUUCCAGUAAAUAAAAUGUUUUGCAGAACCUUAUUGACAUAAAAGAAAACUAAUAUUUUUGAGUAAAACAUGCCAAAACAAUGAAAAGCUUCAGAUUGCCUUUUUAAUACCAUUUUUAUACAAACCCUUACUUUGGCAGUGGGAAAAAUGUCUUGUUUCUCUGUAAGAACUGUUUGUUUUCUUUCUCUUUAAACUGAAAAACAAAAAUAUGCUUCAUUACAUUUAGGGAAAUGUUUUGAAGGGGAUAGAUGGAAGAUUUCCCCCCGCUUUAGAAAUGUGGGAUAUUUUGUUUUCUGUGGCAGCCUUUUUAUAUAAUGUUUCGUUACUGCAAAAACCUUAAAGAUAGUCAACUGUAGUAAUUUUAGAAAAUCUCUACAGAUUUACACUGUCUUAAAUUGUCUUCAGUCAACUGUAUUCUGUGUUCUUACCUAGACAGAGUUGUUUUUUUUUAAAGCAUCCGUACAUCUUGUUUUCUGUCACUGCUAAUGUACACAAUUCUUAAAUAAAAUUGGCCAAUUACAAAUCGC